AUUGCUUUGUACAGUGAGUAAUGUGGUUGCCUUUAAACCAGGCAUGACAAGAAUUAUGAGCAGAGAGGAGCGGCGCCUUAAUUCCCUUCCUUAUUAGUUCAGAUCAAGGAAAAUUAACAAGGUAAUAAAGCAGCCUUGGAUUACUAUUGUGAUAUCGUCGGAAACAAGAUACAGAAGCAUUGUAAAGCGAUCACUUAGAGUAGUACUUUUAUUAUCACAGGGCAGUUAAACAUCAACCUAUCAAACAUUACCAUAGUUAAGCCCACUUGUGCAUGGCUGUCUUCUAAAUGUAUAGCCUUAGGUGACUGUUGGACUUUUGACCUCAAGUCUUUUGAGGCGAUAGGGCAUCCAGGUUAAGUAGUUUUCUGAUGAUGCACAAUCAGGUCCAGUAGAGUGGAUUACGGUGGCGGGGAUUACUGAAUGAUUGAAUGAAUGAAUGACCUCAUUGUUCUUAAUUGAUUUACCUGUAUAAAUAAAGGUGAAAUAAUAAACAAGUAACAAAUUGGCACCAAUGACUGCUAUCUAUGGCUGCAUUCUGCCCCUCAUCUUGCCACAAACUGUCAACUACAAUGUUCCCAGGUAGAAUUAAAUUAGAGCAGAUUAUACCACUUCCAUAAUUCAAAUCUGAAUAAAGAAAAUUCAUCGGCCAUUGUUUGAGGAAGAUUGGUUAACUGGUUCAGGAUGUGAAACGUCAUCGGUGAGAGAAUAAUACAGUGAGUGUAAGAGAAAUUACUUGUGGCCCUGUUCAGACACAACCCCUAGCCCCUACACUAGGCUCUGGGAUCUGACUGGCCCUGUUCAGAUGCAACUCCUAGUUCCUACACUAAGAACUUGUGUAGAUCUGAAAGGAAUGGAUAUGUUUCAGCAAGAAGGCACACAUUCCUCCUUAGCCAAAUCAGAGGGCAAAGUGGAUCUGGCAUCUACCAUGUUCUGUACAAGUGUAUUUUAUGACCUGUAAUGACUUUCUAAUUAAAAUUUCUGUGGAAACAGACAAACUUAUCUUCUCACUACCAAAUUGCUUAAACCUAUCCACUUUUGGAUCAACAUGAAGUGUCUAGGAAGUAGAGACGACAUGGGUUGGUUCUGGAUGGAAACCACAUUUCUUUAGAAAGAGCAGUUGACAAAGUGUUAGUGACAGCCUUGUGCAAGUGUUGAAGCCAGCGUCCUCUUCCAAGUUCAAAAUCUCCACAUGAACGUGUGCACUAAUCUCCCCUUGUCCCUCCUAUUUAUAACUGCUUUAAGAAAGAGGAAGGGCAGCAAUGAGAUUAGAUCAGAGCCUCAUGGAUCUUCUGCUCAAAUGACUUUUACUCUUCUUCCCCACAUAACGGUCCUCAUCAGGGGAAGAAAGGAGGCUUUGUUCUUCCCCUUGUUGCCCUUUGGACUUACAGGACCACAACUGAGAAGUACUGCACGAAGUAAUGCCACUGAAUGGGAUAACUGGGCCUAGAUGAUUUUUAUAAGACGCUUCAGGUGGCUCGGCAAGCUGCACUGAGUCGAUGGAGCUUUUUUUCCUGCAGUGUUUCCUCCCUUGUUCUUCUGUUAACGUCUGAUGAAGACUGCACCCUGGUUGAUACGACUCGCACUUCUGAGUGUUGAAACUGAGUAAAUUCUCUUUGUGUUUUCUGAUAUUCUUGUGUGCUAUUCUUACAUUGUUAACCCAAUUGGGACUGGUUGGUUUCUAUGCACAAUUAAAAGCCAGCUCUCACAGAAAACCAACAAAAGUGUCUUGAAAGUGUAUCAUGGAUGCCAAUAGUGCUCAGCUAAAGACUAAGCUGAAAGAGCGACGCUCUACCAUCAAUGUGCUGGGAGCCAGUUUCUCACAGACCAUUGAGGAAGAAAAGGCCUUCUAUUUCUCCCAGGGCAGUUCUGUUAAGCCAUGGAACUCUUUGGAACACCUGGAAAGCCCUGCUCCUGAGGGCCAGAUCCCAAGACACCAAAAAGAGACGUUGAGACCACAACAGAACAUUAACAUCAACGUAGGGGGAAAAGUCUUUCACAUUCCCAAGAAGAUGGCCGUCAGAUUCCCUCGCACACGAAUAGGCUCCUUGGCCCUGUGCACAGACCGCGUCAAACAGCUCACUCUGUGCGAUGACUACUCGGUGCUCACCAACGAGUUCUUCUUCGAUCGCGACCCAACUUUCUUUUACUACAUCUUUCACUUCUAUAGCAGCGGUGUUCUGUGGGUGAUGCAGGAACUGUGCCCUAUCAACUUCGAGGAGGAGAUGCAGUACUGGGGCCUGAGCUGGAACGACACCCAGCGCUGUUGCCGUAUCCUGUUUGAGGAGAAGGUGGAUGAACUCCGGGACAAUCUGAAGGUGGAAAAGGAACUCUUAGCGGAGAUAGAGAUAAAGCAUGAUGAGGAAGGCUACAAGACCAUGUUCCUGGGUGGAAUUCGCAAAGACCUCUGGGACCUGAUGGAAAACCCUUACUCCUCGCUGUCGGCCAAAUCCUUUGCAGUUUUCUCUAGCCUCCUGGUGCUCAUCUCCAUUGUGGCUAUGACCCUCAACACUGUGAAGGAACUGAGGACCCACACCCUCUCUGGCAAGACCUACCUGGAAUGGGUAGAGAUUUUCUCCAUUCUCUUCUUCACAUUCGAGUACUUCAUGCGCCUUGUUACCACUUGUGACAUAAAGCACUUCGUCAAAAGCUCCCUGAACUUGGUGGACCUGGUGGCCGUCAUGCCCUACUUUAUCCAGCUGAUAUUUGAAGCGUUUGCCAAUGUGGAGGACCUCAGUGCCCAGGAAGAUCUCAAAACCCUGGCUCAUGUCAGCAAGGUCAGCAAAGUGCUCAAAGUUGUCAAGCUGAUGCGCAUCUUUCGCAUCCUGAAGCUGGCCCGCCACUCCACCGGCAUGAGGGCGUUUGGGUUCACCCUGCGCCAAUGCUACCAGCAGGUGUGUUGCCUUUUCCUCUUCAUCGCCAUGGGCAUUUUCAUGUUCUCUGCCCUCCUGCAUUCGGUAGAACGGGAUGUCGAAGGAUCUCCAUUCAGGAGUAUUCCUGAUACCUGGUGGUGGGCGACGGUGAGCAUCUCCCAAGUGGGUUAUGGGGACGUGGUGCCCGUAUCCCUUCCUGGCCGCGUGGUGGCAUUCUCCUGCAUCUUCUUCGGCAUCAUUCUCAAUGGCAUGCCCAUCUCUCUCCUCUUCAACAAGUUCUCAGACUACUAUGCCAAGCUCAAGUACCAGGAGUCCACCUCAACCAGUGUGAAACGCCGCUUGAUGCUCAGGGCCCGUCUCCGUCGCAAACUGGACGUGUGCUUCAAUCCCUCUAUGGGCGACCUGGAGGAAGGCAGGAGCCACUGAGCUCUAGACAGGAUGUACUUUUUUGACAUUGCAGGGGGUAUUUCAAGACUUCUCUACCAAAUCACCAGUGGGGAGGUGGGGUAUGGUCUGGACUAAUAGGAGUGAAAUGGAGCUAAUGAUAAGGACGGGGGACACACAAAGCAGACUCAUAGAGAGGAUGUACAAGGAGGAUGUGGGUGUCACCUUAUGUCAGGGACUGAUACUGCAAUCUUGAGCAAUUUCCUGUUAUUGUAGAGCAGUUCCUGUAAAAGUCAAUGGUAUGUGGUUUUAUGUGCAUAGUGUGUUUGUUUAAGUGCGCAGACCAGAGGGUUGUAAGUUACAGUACAUUGUAUAUGCAGUAUACCAUGUUGCAAUCUUUGCUCUAUUUACUUGCACAAAUUAAAGCUGAUUCUUGUCAUAGUC